AUGCAGAGUCAAUUUCUUGUGUUAAUUACUUUACUAGCCACCUCAGUGGUUGGAAUACUGCCAGCAGCUGAAAAUGCACCACCAGCCAAUAUUGACUUCUAUAAGCUAUACGACAAUCCAGAGGCUCAUAUAGGUGUAAGAGACCGGCGCACAACACGUGAACGUAUUUCUGCGCAUGGGUAUCCAGCGGAGCACCACCACAUUGUAGCUGAGGAUGGCUACAUUGUGGGCGUCUUUCGCAUACCUUAUUCCCACAAAUUGCAGAAUCAAAACGAGUAUCGGCCAAUUGUGCUUAUCCAGCACGGUCUGACUAGCUGCUCGGAUGCUUGGAUACUCAAUGGUCCAAAUGAUGGUCUGCCCUAUCUGCUUGCUGAUGCGGGCUUCGAUGUCUGGCUGGGAAAUGGUCGUGGCAAUACCUACUCAAGGAACCAUACUACACGCUCCACAGAACAUCCGUAUUUCUGGCGUUUCAGCUGGCACGAGAUCGGAUACUAUGAUAUUGCAGCCAUGAUCGAUUACGCUCUGGAGGUCAAUGGGCAGGGACAGAAGUCCAUUCACUACGUGGGCCACUCCCAGGGCACUACUGUAUUUUUCACACUGAUGUCCUUACGUCCCGAAUAUAAUGAGAAGAUCAAAACGGCCCACAUGUUUGCUCCCAUUGCGAUCAUGACUAAUAUGGAAAACAAAUUAGUGCGAAAAGUGGGACCCUAUCUGGGACAUCAGAAUAGCUACUCGCUUCUAUUUUCUGACCAAGAAAUAGUACCAUACAACAAUAUUCUUUUAAGUAUGUUCUCCAAUUUAUGCGAGCCGGAUCAGAUGCUGAGACCAGUUUGCGAAAACGCGUUGGAAAGGCUUUACUCUGGUGGUCGUGUGAAUAUGAGUGCCAUGCCGGAGGGCAUGGCUACGCAUCCUUCCGGCUGUUCCGCCAACCAAAUGCUGCACUAUCUGCAGGAGCAGCAGUCAGGACAUUUUCGGCAGUACGAUCACGGGCCCAAAAAGAAUCUGGAAAUAUAUAAAUCGGAGCAGCCACCAGAUUAUCCGGUCGAGAAUAUAAGCUCUAAGCUACAUUUAUGGUAUUCUGAUAAUGAUAAUAUGGCUGCGGUGGAGGAUGUCUGGGCUCUGGCUGACCGCCUGCCCAAUAGGGAACUGCACCGCAUGGGGGAUCCUAUGUGGGAUCACGGUGACUUUGCCCUCAACAUGGAGGUCCGUAAAUAUUUAAACGAGCCAGUUAUUGAGAUAAUGAAGAAAUUUGAAGAGGCCAAUAAAGAAAUGUGA